AUGGCGAGCGACGACGACUGCUACGACUACGAGUAUGACUAUGACGAAGUAGAAGAAGAAGACGACGACGACGACGAGAUGAUGAUGAUGGAGGCCGACGAGGACGGCCUGGUCGAGGAGGACACGCCGGCGCCGGAACGCCCCGCCGAUUGCUGGGCAAUUACACAAGAGUCUCUUUCCACUGCACAGCAACAAGAUCUAUCCAUGGUGAUGAACUUGCUCAACGUUAAGCAGCACAACGCCCGCGCUCUCCUCAUCCACCACCGGUGGAAGAUAGACUGCAUCUACGACCACCUCGACAGGAAGGGGCGAGACCACAUGUUCAGGGAGGCAGGUAUCGUGCUUCAGGAGAAUAUCAACGGCAAGGCGCCACCCUCAAGACUGGUGAACUGCAUGGUGUGCUUUGAUGAAUUCUCUGUGGGCGCCGUCUCCACCAUGGAAUGUGGCCAUUACUUCUGCAAUGACUGUUGGACAGAGCACUUCAAGGCGUCGGUGGAGAGCGGCAAGAAGCAGAUCCGGUGCAUGGGGGUGAAGUGCCCGGUGGUCUGCGACGAGCCCGUGGUGCAGCAGCUCCUGGCCCGCAAGUACCCCGACACGGCCAGGCGCUUCGACCGCUUCCUCCUCGAGUCAUACCUCGAGGGCAACGACUCGGUGAAGUGGUGCCCGAGCGUCCCGCACUGCGGCCGCGCGAUCCGUGUGGGCGCCGGCGAGCGCUACUGCGAGGUGGAGUGCCCCUGCGGCCUGGGCUUCUGCUUCGCGUGCGCGGCCGGAGCGCACUCGCCGUGCCCGUGCACCAUGUGGGACAUGUGGGAGGUCAAGUGCAACGGCGAGUCAGAGACCGUCAACUGGAUCCUCGCCAACACCAAAAGCUGCCCCAAGUGCUUCAAGCCCAUCGUCAAGGACGGCGGCUGCAACCUCGUCACCUGCAAGUGCGGCCAGUAUCUAUGCUGGAAGUGCGGCGCCGCCACGGGGUACGAGCACACCUGGGACAGCAUCGACGGCCACAGCUGCAACCGCUUCACCGGGGAGGAGAAGAAAAAGGUGGACACGGCCAAGCGGAACCUGGACCGCUACACGCACUACUACGACCGCUUCAAGAUCCACGGCGACUCGUACAAGCUGGAGCACGACAAGCUCGGCCCGGCCAUCGAGGAGCGGGCCAAGCAGCUGGAGGCCCUGCACGACCAGCCCCUCGUCCGGGACUGCACCUGGCUCAUGGAGGCGCACCGCGGUCUGCUGCGGUCGCGCCAGGUGCUCUUGCGCUCCUACGUCUUCGCCUACUACAUGUUUGGCAGCGACGACGACGACGACAAGGUGCGGAUGCGGCCGGCGGACCGCGACAACCUGGCCGUCGCGCAGGGCCUCUUUGAGAACUUCCAGGAGGAGCUGGAGAGACACGUGGAGCGCCUCUCCGAGCUGCUCGCCACGGAGUAUGGGCACAAGCCGGAGGAGGAGAGCGUCCUGCACGACAAGCAGAACGCCAUGAACCUGGCCAAGAUCAUCCAGACCAACUGUGGGGAGAUCUACACGUGCAUCCAGGAUGAGCUGCUGCCGCUGCUCCUCGACCCCAUCACCAUCGCCGCCUACCGUCCCCGUGGCCCCGACAAGGCCAAGGAGUUCACGGCCUGAUUAUGCUUUAUAUAUAAAGCGGGGCGAAAGCCUGUUUCGAGAGUUCACGGCCUGAUUUUGUACUAUCAAAUUCACAAGCCCAAAGGGUCAUGUAUUCUCGCUGUGUCAUUUGGGCGAA